AUGCAAGCCAUCCUUGUUAACUAUCUCCCUUUCUGUUUCACUCUACUCUCCCUCGCAUUCGCUGCGGCACCUGGGCAAGAUGCCAUUCUUCUGUCCAAUGUGCAAACUCUCACUCUACAUGGAGGCCGUAUGACCUCUCACCGUCGCGUGUCUCCUGUCCCGCAGUUAAAAUGCGUCGGCCCAUCAUCCAGCAUCUGCAAACUAUACUCGAUCGACACCAUGCGCUGCACAAACCAAGGCCAUGCAUACGACGAAGAGGACGUUGAAUGGACCUGCACUGCAUCUCUACCAGCCGAAUUCAAGCUGGGCUCUACCAACGUGAUAUGCGAGGGCUACCGAGACUCUAACGAUCCAUGGGUCCUCAAAGGGAGUUGUGGCGUGGAGUAUCGUCUUCUGCUGACCGACGAAGGCAAAAAGCGUUAUGGACACCAUUAUGCUAAGCAUGGUACGACUAACGACAAGCCAUCGACGAGUUCACUGGGCUGGGUGGUCUGGCUAGUAUUGUUUGUUAUUCUCGUCUUGGUCCUAUUUACGUUAUGUGACAACAGCAGCAAUCCUAGACGGAGAGGAAGCAACCGCCGUAGACGCCCGCGAGGACCAGGUGGUGGUGGUGGUGGCGGCGGGUGGGACGAUCCGAGAGAUCCUCCUCCGCCUUAUGAUUACAAUCCCGAUACUCAUUGGAAGCCGUCUACUUCCAGCUCGUCUUCUAGACCAGGAUUCUGGACUGGCGCUGCUACCGGUGCUACCACCGGCGGUGCAGCGGGCUACGCAAUGGGGCGAAGAUCGAGAGGAUCGAGCUCGUUUCAGACAGAUCCGGGGGAGGGCAGCUCAAGGCGUUCGUCAGGGUUCUCCUCAACUAGUCCCAGUACGGGCUUUGGGUCGACCCAAAGACGGUGA